AUGGGGGAGAGCUGCACCUGCAGGAGCUCGCGGAGCUUCUCAUGGCUGGUCAAAUCCUGCCUCCCCGAUCCCACGGCCGCCAGUCCCGGGCCGCGCCGCCCCACCUCCCAACGGUGGUUCACGUCGAGGGACGAUCCGCAGCCGCCGCCGCCCGGUGAACGUCGCCGCCAUAAAUCUUUGGACGAGCCCUCCCUCUCCUCCCUCCCCGACGAUCUCCUCCUCGAGUGCCUCUCCCGUGUCCCCACCUCCUCCCUGCCGUCGCUCUCCGUGGUCUGCCGGCGCUUCUCCAUCCUCCUCGAUUCCCCCGACUUCUUCCUCCGCCGCCGCUCCCACGGCCUCCUCCGCCGAACCUUCCUCGCGCUGUCCAUCUCCGAAGCCGGCCUCCUCGUCCUCUCCUCCUCUGGGGACCCUCCGCUCGCCGGUGCCACCUGGACCAUCCUCCCCCUCCCCGCCGGUUUAUCCGACGGCGGCAGCUUCUCCUUCUCCUUCUGCCGGUUCGUCCCCGUGGGAAGAUCCAUUUUUCUGCUCGGCCGCCGCUCCGCGAUCUGCUACGACAUCUGGCGGGGCGCCGCCGCCCCCUGCGCGCCCACCCUCUUCCCCAGGAAGAAGUUCGCCGCCGCCGCCAUCGGCGGCAAGAUCUACGUCGCCGGCGGGUCGACCCAGACUUCCGCUGUCGAGGAGUACGACCCCGCAACCAACGCCUGGAAGGUGGUAUCGGAGGCUCCCAGGCGGCGCUACGGCUGCCUCGGCGCGGCGGCAGACGGCGUCUUCUUCGUCAUCGGCGGCCUGAAGGUCGCCGGCCGUGGGGAAGCCCGUGUAGACGCUUACACCUACGCCGGCACGAUGGACCUCUACGACGUGCAGAGAAGGGCCUGGCGGCGGGCCCGUGCCGUGCCCGGCGGAGGCUGCGUGGUCGCCGCCUGCGCCGCCGGCGACAUCGUCUACGCGCUCGCGAGCCACGCCGUGGAGGUGUCCUUCUGGCGGUGGGAAGGCGGAACGGCAGCGAAGGGCGGUGGCGGGUGGGCGAGGCUUCCGCCGCCGCCGGUUCCGCCGCUGGCGCGCGUCGCCAGGGCGGGACGGUUUGCAUGUAUCGGCUUCGGGGCGAGCACGGUGGUCCUGCUGGUGCACAUCUCCGGUGGGCCUUCCUCCGCCGGCGCCGGCGACCGGCGCGGUGCCAGCAGGAGUUGCGACAGGGAGAGGCUCCUGCUAGUGUACGAUGCUGUCACCGGGGAGUGGUUCCCCGGCGCCGCCCUCCCCCCGGCGCUUUCGCGGGUGGCCUGCGUCUGCGUCGACUGCUAG